UCGCGACAACAGGGCCAUCGCUGCGACCUGCUCCCGUAGCGCACCGAGGCAGCCAUGUCCGGCCGCGGCAAGGGCGGGAAGGGCCUGGGCAAGGGCGGCGCCAAGCGCCACCGCAAGGUGCUGCGCGACAACAUCCAGGGCAUCACGAAGCCCGCCAUCCGGCGGCUGGCCCGGCGCGGCGGCGUCAAGCGCAUCUCCGGCCUCAUCUACGAGGAGACGCGCGGGGUGCUCAAGGUGUUCCUGGAGAACGUGAUCCGGGACGCCGUCACCUACACGGAGCACGCCAAGCGCAAGACGGUCACGGCCAUGGACGUGGUCUACGCGCUCAAGCGCCAGGGCCGCACCCUCUACGGCUUCGGGGGCUGAGCGCCCGCCACCCGCCACGUCUGCAGACACAAAGGCCCUUUUCAGGGCCGCCCACUUUCUCUGAAGAGAGUUGUACGCGUCUUAACUCUUUCUCCGGUGGUGCAGCCGCUAGGAAGGCUCGCUCGGCGGUCUUCGGAGGCUCCGGUGUCCGUGCUACGUGCGGACGCGCUGAGCGCCACCCACCUCGCCUUCCGGGUAUCUUCCCGGACCAAUCCGCUCGCAGCGCUGUGCGGCGGGCCAAUCCCGAGCAGCGGCUGGCCCAGGGGACCAAUGGGGAGGCGUUGGUCGGUCCCCACGCCCACCGCUCUUUACGCGGGGUUGCAGUCCGCCUCUCCCGCGUCCCUUCCUCCCCGAGACCCCGAGCUUCAGGCCCCGCCGGAUGCCCUGAUCCCCCGAGGCUGCGCUGGCUAUUUGCCCAAGUACCCGGACGGUGCUCCCGCCCCUGCGGCAGCCAGGGAAACCAGAGUGCGUGGCCCGAGAGGAUGUUCGUUCCCGUGGGAUGGCCCCCAGCGGUGUGCAGACAGGGAGCCACGUUCUGGCUCCCCUCGCCCCCGCGGGCGUCCGCCGCCUCGGCCUCCGGAGUGCGAGCCGGUGAGGCCGAGGUCGGCCCCCGCCCCGCCCCCGCACGCGGUGUGCUGCAGCUUAAAGGUGCCUUUGCUGAUUUCCAUCCUCAGGCCGCGGGGCCUCCUUAAGCCUCCGGCUAAGCACAGUUUGGAAAUUCCCAUUUACUAGAUUAAAGGGAGGCUGUUACAAUUCAGGUCUCUGAGUACAGGGAACCCCGAGGCCUUCGGCAGGGCUCAAAUCGGAGGGGCUGGGGGAGAAGCUCCCGCCUCUGAGGUCACUGGCUCUCUGGUGACUGCCUUGGACUUUACCUUCUUCAUCUCUGCCCGGCUCAUCUCCCUCCCGCCUCUUGUAUGAAUUGUAAGGUUAUUUUUCUUUUUUUGUUUUAAUGAACGUUUCAAACAUGGUUACAAAAAAUCUUUUGACUGUCCUCCAAUUGAUAAAGCAGGCAACGGAAUACUCCGCAUUGAUUUAAUGCUUGAGACAUAUAUUGACAUUUGCUUAAAACACCUCUGCUGCUUGGCUACUCUACUAACCUGUCUCUCUGACACUUCAAGAAGAGUCUUGAAUAGUCAAUUGGAAAAGAGAUUCUUGAGUUCAAGUGAGCGGUCUGGUUGAGAGGAAAAUUUGGGAAGCGCCAGUCUAUAAAUGCUAAGACUGAAUGAGAUCAAGACUUUAAACAGCAUUUAUGACUGUACAUUUUAAUGGUAAAUGGAAAUGUAAAUUGUCCUCAGAAGCGACUGGAUAUCCUUGAAGUGGUGGUCCGAGUUCAGGAUGCUAGAACAAAAAUAUCAUAGAUUGUGUGGCUAACAACAUUGAUUUCUCACAGUUCUGGAGGCUGGGAGUCCAAGAUCAAGGUCCUGGAAAAUUCAGACAGGGCAGAUUCAGACAAGAUUUGGUGUCUGGUGAGAACCCAUUUCCUGGUUCAUAGACUUGUCUUGCUGUGUCUUCACAUGGCAGAAGGAAGGACCAGAGAGCUUUCCGGAAUCUCUUAUGUAUAAAGGGCACUAAUUCCAUUCAGGCCUGCUCCAUCCUCAUGGCCUAACUGCUACCCAGAUGCCGGAUCCCUUAAUACUGUCACUUUGGGACUUAAAAUUUCAGCACAAGAAUUUGUGGGGGAUACAUACGCACAGUCCAUACUAAAUGGGAUGCUAUAGAGCCCUACUAAAGAAUAAAGCAAC